AUGGCACAAGCACAGCCUUUCUGGUACCGGCGGGACACAUCGCGGUCAUGCACCAUUAUCACGCCGUCGUCGAAAAAGUCGCAAUUGGAUCUUGAAGAAGAAGAAUAUGAGAAUCAACUCAAGCAGAUCAGCAUGUGGGGUUCCUCAUAUCUCCGACCACCAGGUCUAAAACACACGAUGGAUGAACUACUUGAGAUGGAGCUCGAGCGUCUUGAAGUCGCAACCUCUCCGCGCUCAGGCGGUGGGUUUGAUGAAGACGCAUCGGAGCGGUCAUCGUCUGUACCGCUAAAUGAGGAGGAGCCAGAUCUGGAUGCGGACAUAGAAAGUGCAAGCGAAGGAGAUUAUGAUGUCAGUGCUACACGAAUAACGCCGCAGACGCAGCGAGUUGUUCCGAUGGUCCAUGAUGCAGGAAUGGAGAGCCCGAGGAGUAGUCCUAUGAUGAGCCCUGAAAGGGAUAUGGACGAGCAAAGCAUGAUGAUGGAUGAAGUGGACUUGGAUGCUGAUAUUGCUGAACCCAGUUCAGCAGGGUGGAGCGAAAGCGAAGGUGACUACGAUGACGAUGAGUAA